UCCAAUGUUCAUGGAAUUUUAAGCCCCCAUACCCCCAUACCACUCUUUGAUCUUUUCACCAUCUUCAAAUCCUAUAAGCUACCCUUUAUUUUUUUAAUAAAAAAAACCUCAAAUAUAUCACAGGAUAUAAUAUGUCUCUCCCUGAAUUACAAGUGGCAAAAACUCUACCUGAUGCCUGGGAUUACAAGGGCCAACCGGUUCACCGUGCAACCACCGGUGGCUGGGUCAGUGCGGCCAUGAUUUUAGGUCCAAAACCCUUCCUAUUUUUUAUGAUAUUAUGUAUCUAUUACUUGCAUUAUAAAGGAGUGGAGGGAUGUGAAAGGUUAGCGACUUUGGGUAUCGCGGUGAACUUGGUGACGUAUUUGACUGGAACUAUGCAUUUUGGAAAUGCUAGUUCCGCGAAUACUGUCACCAAUUUCUUGGGUACGUCUUUUAUGUUAUGUCUUCUUGGUGGAUUUGUCGCGGACACUUUUCUUGGCCGGUAUCUAACCAUUGCCCUAUUCGCUGCGGUUCAAGCUACGGGUGUGACAAUCUUGGCCAUCUCAACCGCCAUCCCGAGCCUACAACCACCAAAGUGCACACCAAACGGCUGUGUCUCGGCCAACAUGACACAAGUUUCCUUUCUUUAUAUUGCACUCUACCUGACAGCCCUAGGGACGGGCGGACUCAAAUCUAGUGUUUCGGGUUUCGGGUCAGACCAGUUUGAUGAGACAAAUAAGGAGGAAAAGACCCAAAUGGCUACUUUCUUUAAUUGGUUCUUUUUCUUCAUAAGUAUCGGGUCACUUGGGGCGGUUACGAUCUUGGUCUAUAUCCAAGACCAUGUUGGUAGGCCUUGGGGGUAUGGGGUCAUUGCUUGUGCUAUUGUUAUCGGGUGGGUGAUCUUCUUGUCGGGCACAAAAAGGUACCGGUUUAAGAAGCUCGUGGGUAGCCCGUUAACCCAAAUAGCCUCGGUUUUUGUCGCAGCGUGGACGAAGAGACGUAUGGAGCUUCCAUCUGAUUCUUCUUUGUUGUUUAAUGUGGAUGAUGUUGAAAUUACAGGAGCUGACAGCAAGAAAAACAAGCAGAAGUUACCUCAUAGCAAACAAUUUCGUUUCCUUGACAAAGCAGCAAUAAAAGAUACCGAAAGAUCAUUUGAAUCAAUGGUAAUUAAAGUAGAUAACUGGAGUCUUGCAACUUUAACUGAUGUUGAAGAAGUGAAAAUGGUGAUCAGAAUGCUACCAAUUUGGGCUACCACAAUAUUGUUUUGGACAAUAUAUGCCCAAAUGACCACAUUCUCAGUGUCACAAGCUACUACAAUGGAUAGACACAUUGGAAAAUCUUUCCAAAUCCCAGCAGCAUCCCUCACCGUUUUCUUCGUUGGAAGCAUUCUCUUGACUGUUCCUAUCUAUGACCGGAUCAUUUCCCCAAUCGCCAAACGGUUCCUCAAACAUCCACAAGGCCUAAGCCCUCUCCAACGCGUAGGAGUUGGGCUAGUCCUAUCCAUUUUAGCCAUGGUUGCAGCUGCCUUAACCGAAAUCAAACGACUAAAUGUGGCUCGUUCACAUGGUUUAGUAGAUGAUCCAUCUAAGGUGGUCCCACUUACGGUCUUUUGGUUGGUCCCACAGUUUUUGUUAGUGGGGUCCGGUGAGGCAUUUACGUACAUGGGACAACUUGAUUUUUUUCUAAGGGAGUGCCCGAAAGGGAUGAAAACAAUGAGCACCGGAUUGUUUUUAAGCACGUUAUCGCUAGGGUUCUUCUUUAGCUCUCUUUUAGUGACAAUAGUGCACAAGAUUACAGGAGAUAAGAAGCCAUGGAUUGCUGAUAACUUGAACCAAGGGAAGCUUUACAACUUCUAUUGGUUGCUUGCAAUUCUAAGUGUUUUGAACUUAGUGUUAUUUCUUGUGGGGGCAAGGUGGUAUGUCUACAAGGAGCAUAGGCUUGCUGAAGAAGGUAUUGAGUUGGAAGAAGAUGACUUUGUUGGCCAUGCAUAAACUUGGAGCUAGCUUUUAUUUGUUUAGAUAUGCCUUUUGGUGAAAAUCUCGGAAGCUUUUUCUACCCCUUUGUUGUUAUGCCAUGCUUGGAUAUGUAAAUAUAAAAAGGGAGGCCAUAUUUAUUGUCUAAAUGGGCUGUUUGUUUACCUUUUAAUGGUUCAGACAUCUUAUUGGUUUA